GCCAAUUCAAGUAAUCUUAAAUGAGCUGCCAGUUUUGAUGCGGUGGCAAAAUGUGCUCGUCUCAGGGCUGUGGUUCUCAAGGACUCACCCACCGAUGCAUCUCUUCAUGACACAAUUUGUUGAAGAAGUCUCCAAUGUUGGAACUCUAGUGUGGUCUCAUGCUGGUAGGACCAUUAGAUCAGCAGUGCAUGCAGUUGUUUGUUGUGUGGACUCUCCGGCCAGGGCAGCUAUCUUGAACAGCAAGCAGUUCAAUGGAUACUUUGGGUGCAGCUGGUGCUUGCAGCAAGGUGAAGUUAUUGAUGGUACACUGAAGUACUCAUUUUGCAGCGACGUGCCUGGAAGGACACACAGUGGGGUGUUGAAAGCAAUGGUGGAAGCAGUGCAGAAGAAGGAACCAGUGUUCGGCAUAAAAGGUCCAUCCACUCUGAUCAUGCUGCGAGGCUUUGAUCUCGUCUGGGGCCUGCCUCCUGACAACAUGCACUGCGUCUUGGAAGGUGUGACCAAACAGGUUACUGAAAUGUGGCUGUCAGCUACAGGUUCCACGUGGUAUAUUGGGAGGCACAUGAAGCUAAUUGAUUCGAGGUUGCUCUUGAUAAAGCCACCAAUAAUCUUUUCAAGAUCAGGACGGCCUUUGUCAGAUCGUGCUUUUUGGAAGGCUGCAGAGUGGCGCUCUUGGCUUCUUUUCUACAGCCUUCCAUGUGUCUCUGACAUAUUGCCCCGACCUUAUCUGACACAUUUCGCACUUCUUGCAAAGGCUGUGUUUCUUUUAUUGAAGGAUGUUAUCCUAGAAGAUGAAAUUUGUGCUGCUGAGAGGUUCCUCUUAGCAUUUGUUCAGCAGAUGGCCAAGUU